UAUUUCUAUCUAUAUUGUGCUUACAUCUAUACAUUUAUACGUAAUCUAAUUCUUCCAAUCUAACUCACAUACAGAAAUCCUGGUGCCUGAGUCAUUUCAGUUUGUAAUUGUGGCUCAUUUUCCCUAAGGCCUCAUGCAGGUGGCUCUGACUUGAUAAAAUAAGCGGCAAUGUUAUUUCAUCCAAUUGAAAGACAACAUUACUAACCGCCCAAAAAUGCUGCGAGUGUGGUAAGACAACAUCAUAGAUGGCCUCACAAAGAUUGUUAUUGCUGCAACAGUACAAUAUUAUCAUGCAUGUUGUGUCUACACUCAGAUUUUUUAUUUUUUAUUUACGCAAUCUCAAAUAAUGUCCUUGUGAGGCACAUUUGCAUGUGGGAGGUGUAAUGUGCAUCUAUUUGUUUUAUCUUUGUCAUGGAAAAGUUUGCCGAGCAUUGGACAUUUUACUACCGUCUAUGCACCCACGUCAUAGCCACGCUGCCAGAGACCAGCGUUCACAUCAAGGAAAAGGUGACGCGCUCUGCAGCGCCGUUUGUGCCCCUCUGUUCAGCUGCCUGCGCGCGCUCCGGCCGCGCUACCGCACAACAAUCAGGUGAUGAAAUAUAGUCAAACUUUACAGACUCUGCUAUGCUAAUAUGGGUCGACAAUGGAGACGAAACGGUGUACGGUGUCGAUGAUCAACCCAUCGAGACAGACUAGAGCAGAUCCGCAGCAAUGAGCGCCUCCUUUCCAAAAUCUGAAUCCACGACCUCCUUACUGAAAUCCUCCUCUGCGGCGAGGAGACCGACACACCUGCCUGAACGCACAACAGAAAGCCGGAGAAGUCACCAUCAGCACCAGCAUCAGCAUCACCACCGUCCGGCCGCACUCCAGAGCAACAGCAAAGACGAGGAGUCCUUCUGGUCGGCUGAGUGCGAUAUCAGUGCCCGGAGACCCCUGUGCCAUCCCUCCCUCGCUGGCAGCCAGGACAGUAGUAACACUGCAGCCACUCGGGGCAAGUGUAAGUUACAUUCCCCCCACAGCCAAGUUCCUGACCCCCCGGAGCCAAACGGCGAGGCGGACCGAGCUGUGAAGGAACGCUGCAGGUCAUCCAAGCCUACCCACCGGCACCACCACCACAGGAAGCACAACCGGGAGGACCGUCCACCGGCAGCCGAGCAACCUGAACCAGAGCACCCCAGUCGCUGCCGCACGCACACCCGUCCGGUCCCCAGGGUGCCCUCCCUUUCAGACAGCAACGACGACAGGGCUCUUCUCUGUGAGCCGAGGGACCAUAAAGGGGUCAAUGUGGCUCGGAGCGGGGGCCAGGUCAACAGUCCAUCCACGUCCUCCUGCUCCCCGGUCCCGCUGUCCGGAAGGUCCUCUCGCCGCUCCCGGAGGUCCAGUGCUGCUUCUUCUGCAUCUGAUGUCAAUAUACGCACUAUCCUCAAUUCACUGUUUGGACAGGACAGAGAACUGCGUCCAGAGGAAAUGGAUGAGUUACGGGAUGCUUUCAAAGAGUUUGACAAGGACAAGGAUGGUUUCAUCAGCUGUAAAGACCUUGGGAACUGUAUGAGAACUAUGGGAUACAUGCCCACUGAAAUGGAGCUGAUUGAACUGAGUCAACAGAUAAACAUGAACUUGGGAGGUCAUGUUGAUUUUGAGGAUUUUGUCGAGUUGAUGGGCCCAAAACUCCUUGCCGAAACUGCAAACAUGAUUGGAAUAAAAGAGUUAAAAGACGCAUUUAGAGAGUUUGACACCAACGGAGAUGGUGCCAUAAGCACAUCUGAACUACGGGAUGCAAUGAGGAAGUUAUUGGGCCAACAGGUGGGUCUCAAGGAAGUAGAAGAUAUCCUGAGGGAAGUUGACCUAAAUGGUGACGGGCUUGUUGACUUUGAAGAGUUUGUACGAAUGAUGUCUCGCUAAGAUCAUGAAAUGAUCGGGCCUGAAUGUGAAGCUGUGUCCUUCUCUAUACUUGACCAAGAACAGAGGACAUGUUAAUAUCUCUGAGCCAUCCGAUUCUGAAUGACACUGGAAUUAAAACUCCUUGAAUGUUUUGGAGCAAGGUGUCACCUCACACUUUCAAUCAGUGUUCAAGUGUUCUUCCUGAAAAGUCUCCUGUUCAACUGAGGCAGAAUUUGCUGUAGCCUAGAUGAUCAUUGUCCAACUUGUGUUUUUGCACUUUAAUUCUGACUAAAUACCUUCCUGUGUGGAUAGACUGCUGGUGUCUUGUCUCAUCUUCUACGUCGUAAAAAAAUAAGUCUUGCAAAAUGUUGCCUUUGAUAUACAAUACAGUCAGGAUGUGAGAGUGAAUGUCUAUAGAAAAUAUGUAAAAGAUCAGUGCACUGUUCAACAUUUCGGUAUAUAUAUUUUCACACAGUAUGUGUUAUAUUAGAAAUUGUAAGUGUAAUGUCAAUUGUGUGACAUUGGUGCUCCAACCAGGAACCCAUGUGGCAAUAUAACACCUGUAUUGUGACUGUGUGGCCAUCUGUGGUUUUUCACUGUGCCAGUCGAGUGCUAUAAAAGCAUCACUGUCUGACAACUACAUGGAACGAAGAAACAGAUCUCUGUUAUUAAAUUCUGAAAUACAUUUCCUAUAUGUUAUUAGCUACAAUAGAUCACGGGUAGUGUUAAUUCCAUAUACAAAGAUGCCCAGCAUCAUAUGUCUUUAAAUGUUCACAGGUUUGAAUGUUUAAUGUAGCUUUGGGAACAAGUAUUGUCUGUUUUUAUGAAUCCAUACUGGCCUGUCUGAGAUCAUACAGUAGGAAUAACAUAUGUGAUCUGUAUUUACAAUGGAUUUGAUUAUGAUGUACCUGUACUGUAUGUCAGUGUCAAUUGUAGUUGUGGUAACCACACAACUGUGUUGUCGGAGCAAUUUGUAUGCAUGCCAAAGAUGAAACAUUUAUCAAAAUUCAGUAUGUAGAUUUUCAAUAAAAUAAAAUAUUUCGAGACGGUAAUUGUAGAAUAAUAAAAAAGGUGUUUACAUUUAAGACCUUUA